GUCGUUGGUGUGGGGCCUUGGGGAGGCGUGAUCUCCAUGUUGGUUUUUUUCCCGGCAGUCAGCGAGAGGAGAACGAGUCUUGGGUUAUUCCGACCCAUUUGAUCGUUGCUUCGUUCCGUUGCACUUUAGACGUAUUGGUCACCCCCAGGCAUCAACUCUCCUGUACCUGCGUGGUUUGAAUGAAUAGGGAAUCUGCUCUUGCCUCGACAUGAAUGAACAUCCAAAGAAAAGAAAAAGGAAGACUUCUUUCCCAUCGCGAUAUUCUGGUCAGGGUACCACUGUUCCUUCUCCUGAUGUUGCUGGGCCGGUGAAAACUACAGAAAACAAUGGAAUAUUCUUUGAUCACUGUUACAGUGUCUGUUCAAUUGUACAAGUGGAUCCUAAACCUCAAGAAAUUGAAGAGGAACCUGGUGCUAAUGGAGACAACACAGAUGUUUGUGAUUCCCCAACGAUAAUUCCUCAGCCUGUUCAUGAAGAUGUCAUAGUAGAGGUUCUCACAGAAGAGGCAGAAAGUAUUCCAUCGCCUGCCAUUGAAGAGGAAAUCAAAGACAUCCCACUUCAGAUCAGUGAAAGUCCUGAAAACAGUCUGUCUUCGAAUCUGACCGCUCAACAAAAGUGGCCCUUACUAAGGGCCAACAGUAGCGGCCUAUUUCGAUGUGAGCAGUGUGAUUAUAAUAGCAAGUACUUCUCCGAUCUAAAGCAGCACAUGAUUCUGAAACACAAGUGUGCCGAGUCUCACAUCUGCAAGGUUUGCAAACAAACCUUCCCAAGUGAUGAAUUACUACUGGAACACGGGAAGAUACACGAGGAGGAUCAGCUAGUCUGUAAACACUGCGAAUACAAGACCAGUUCCUUUGAAAGCCUUAAUCAGCACGUGGCAGAUGCUCACUUUAAUGACUUCCUAUACUGGUGCGAGCAGUGUGACUUGCCAUUUUGCACAAGUAGUGAACUAUACCUUCACUUUCAAGAGCAUAGCUGUGACGAACAGUACUUGUGUCAGUUCUGUGAGCAUGAGACCAAUGAUCCAGAAGAUCUGCACAGCCAUGUUGUGAAUGAACACACGUGCCGGCUAAUAGAACUGAGCGACGCCUAUAACAAUGGAGAACACGGGCAGUUCAGCCUUUUAAACAAAAUUAGCUUUGAUAAAUCCAAAAACUUUUUUGUUUGCCAAGUGUGUGGUUUCAGCAGUCGGCUCCACACUAAUGUGAAUAGGCAUGUAGCGAUUGAACACACGCGAUUUUAUCCACAUGUUUGUGAUGAUUGUGGGAAAGGCUUUUCUGGCAUGUUAGAAUACAGUCAGCAUUUAAAUUUGCAUUCUUCUGAAGGUGUCUAUUUGUGCCAGUAUUGUGAAUAUUCCACGGGUCAACUUGAAGAUCUGAAAACUCACUUAGAUUUCAGGCAUUCGACAGAUAUGCCCCAUAAAUGCAGAAAAUGCCUACUGAGGUUUGGAUCAGAAGAAAAACUUAAUAUCCAUCUACAGUCACAUGAAAAAGCUUAAUUGUCUGAGAAUAUGUUCCUUUGAUGGACCAGCUGUCCCAAAGUAAAUGGUAUCUGGAGUCCUCUAAUGAUGUGUUGUACCUAUAUUUAAAUCUUGAAAACUUUCACUGGUAUGCAAGCCGGUGUACAUUGUGUAUUGUAGUUCAACAAAUUGAAUGUCAUUGUGUUCAUUCAUCUGACUUCCCCGAGAAGUUUAAUGAUAAACAGUAUCCAGUUGUAAACACUCCUGUCUCUUUAGCUGUUUAAAUAGCUGUACGUUUAAGUAAGGUAAGAAAAUAAAAAAAAAAAAAUGAACAUUU